UCUCUCUCUCGCCCAUCACCAACGCACGUUAAGCUCUAAAAAUGGCUAAAGCUCCAGUUAGGGUUCUCGUCACUGGCGCCGCUGGCCAAAUAGGAUAUGCUCUUGUGCCGAUGAUUGCUAGAGGAAUCAUGUUAGGCCCAGAUCAACCUAUAAUUCUGCACAUGCUAGACAUCGAACCAGCUGCCGGGGCUUUAAAAGGGGUGAAAAUGGAGCUAAUUGAUGCUGCUUUUCCACUUCUCAAAGGUAUUGUUGCCACAACGGAUGCUGCCAAGGCUUGUAAAAGUGUCAACAUUGCGGUUAUGGUCGGUGGAUUCCCUUGCAAAGAAGGAAUGAUGAGAAAAGAUGUGUUGCCCAAAAAUUUUCCUAUAUACAGGGCUCAUGCUUCAGCCUUGGGGGAGCAUGCUGCUCCUAAUUGCAGGGUCCUAGUAGUCGCCAACCCAGCAAACACCAACGCAGUCAUUUUCAAAGAAUUCGCUCCUUCGAUCCCAGAGAAAAACAUCACAUGCCUUACGCGGCUUGAUCACAAUAGAGCUUUGGGCCAAAUUGCGGAGCGGCUAAAUGUUCACAUUAAUGAUGUGAAGAAUGUUAUCGUAUGGGGAAACCACUCCUCUACCCAAUACCCAGAUGCAAGUCAUGCAACUAUUACAACCACCAGUGGAGAAAAGUCUGCAGGAGAACUAAUUGGAGAUCAUCAUUGGUUACAAAAUGAGUUUAUCACCACAGUUCAACAACGUGGUGAUGUCAUCCUCAAAGUAAGGAAGCUGUCAAGUGCAUUAUCUGCAGCAAGUGCAGCUUGUGAUCAUAUACGUGAUUGGCUUCUUGGAACUCCCAAGGGAACAUGGGUUUCCAUGGGAGUGUUCUCUGAUGGGUCUUAUGGUAUCCAACCCAGCCUUUUCUACUCUUUUCCCAUUACUUGCCAGAAUGGAAAUUGGUCAAUUGUGCAAGGGCUUAAGAUCGAUGAGUUUUCAAGAACGAAGAUGGAUGCCACUGCAAUAGAGCUAAUGGAAGAGAAAUCCUUGGCCUAUUCAUUUAUCAAUCAACAGUGAGCUCAUUGUGUUGGGAGAAAAAGGGGAAAAAGGGGGACUCAAAACACAAAAUG